AUGUGCCAACGAAAGCAAAUUAAUCCAUCUCUAAGUAUUACUGAAUUAGCAGAAGAAUGUAAUUGCGAUAGAAGCACGGUUGCAAAGAUUUUGAAAGCAAAGGACGAGUGGUUGUCCAAAGAAUUUAUGAGUUACGAAGCAAAAACAAAGGCUAACAGACCAGUAAAGUUUACAAACUUUGAAGAUGCAAUCUGGAUGCGUCGG